AUGUCAGGGGCUUUGCUCCGUUCGAGACUGGGUCAAGAGCAGAUGAAAUUACAGGUGACACUCCCCACUUCACCAUCUCAUGUCAUUUCACUGGAUAUUGCCCGAGGAACGACCUCAGCCGAGGCGAUCGAUCAAUGUCGGAACCUUGCCUCUCAUCAGCUCGGAAGGACAUGGAAAGAUGAGAAUAGCACGUCAGAGGACUGGGAUGGGGAGGCGACAGAUGACUGGGCAUUGAGAGAAGUCCGGGAUAUGAAAGAUGUCAAGUGGUGGACUGAAAGAGAAAUAAAUGAAUAUCGUGAUCCUCUUCUCAAAGCACUCGACGUUCUCUCUGACAUGAUCACAUCUUACACACUUCAUAGACCUGGCUCACCUCUCAUACGCAUCUCUGUGACUCCGCCCACGUCCACGACCUCAACACCUAUCCUCACCUCUGUCCCUCUCAACCCCUCGGAUAGCAUGGCCGUUCUACUACAGGGGCUUAGUAAUGAGCUUGGACUUCCGAAAUCCACCACGGAUCUCCUCGCACCGUCAGAGAACAAGAAGAACAACCAGAACAGAGGUCGGUCAGGUUCUCGGUCUAUCGGAGCUCUUGGUAUGGUCGCAGGGGAGGACAUCCGAUGGCGUGUCACUGUCAUUGUGAACCAUAAACUCUUGAUACUUGAACACACCACCAACCUAAUGCGAUAUCUGAAGGCACUGAGACAAAAGAGCAGCGUCAUCAAUAUCAAGAUGGACGAAGAAUGGCUGUUUGAGAAAACUCCAUCGAAGCGGAUCAUCAAGGACUCUACUGAAGAUGAAAUCGCUGGGGAUGAAGAGGAGAAAGAUGACACCCUGAAAGCUUCUGCUCUUGCCCCUCUUUCUGUCACUUCACCAUCAGGUACCUCGGCCGGUCUUUCCAAGCUCUUACCCCAGAUCACCGGCAGUGGAGCGACUCCUUCAGGCAGUAUCAGCAAUCGACCCGCUCAUAGUUGGGCGAAGAAAUUAUCCCUUUCGAGUUUGAGCAGUUGGACCGGUGGAUCAACCGACUCGAAUUCUGCUGCAAAUGCAGAAGGUACAAACCGAGCAGAGAGUAUCAAGUCUACAGACCCUCAACCCAUCUCUAGACAAAUCACAGGGGGGUUGUGGGGAUGGUGGACAGCUUCAACUGAGUGGAUCAGCGAAUUUGUAGAGCUACGUGGUCUUGAUUCUCUUCAUUCCGAUAUGUCCAAGGUGAGCAAAAAGGCACAUGAAGUUGGGGAUAUGUACGAGCAAGUAGCAUGGGAAGUCAUCAAGUGUCUACGGAUAUUGAUGAACACCAAUUCUGGUUUUUCGGGCGUACUCGACAGACCGAUAUUGGUCAAUGACAUCUCUGCGAUCCUCCUUGCCCCUUCACUCAAGCUCCGUUGCCAAGCCCUCGACCUACUUGCAGCUCUUUGCGUCCUCUCACCCAUUGAAGGCCUCCCUCUUGUUCUCACCUCCAUUUCCGACCUGCGCGUCACCAUCGGAGAGACUCACCGAUUCGACUACCUCAUCUCGCAAUUCAUCGAGCCCCCUGCAUCCGGCUCAUCGACUCCGAACCCUUCUGAGAUCUGGGAAUGGCGUAGCAGUGUCCAAGGAUUUCUCAAUGCCCUCACCAGCUCCUCCGAAGAUCUCGAAGAACGAUGUGAACUGCGUGGCGAGCUACACCGAAGAGGUUUGGUGCACGCGUUGGAGGUGUUGGAAAGACAGAACCCGCCGGAUUCUUUCGACAGGCUAGUCGUGUUGUAUUACGAAGACAGAGAUGAGGAUAUGAUGGAAUUGAAAGCUGUACAACUUUCAGCCGCUGAAGGUUUACCGGAAUCCGUCAGCGAAGAUUCCAUGAUCGCUUCUUUUGUUGAUGAAGUGGAAAUUCUUCAAAGAAGGGUGAAUGAACUUCAAACAGAGAAAAAGCAUUUUCAAGGUAUUGUCGAAGAACAAACUGCUGAAUUGAACAUUUUGCAUUCCAUUCAAGAUGGAAAAGAAGAGACUGGGUUAGUGCAGAGACUUAUUCAACAGGAGAAAGAGAUAAGCCGACUUCGGUCCUCCGAUACGGUCGAUCAUCCAUCAACAGAGGCGGAACAGGCCGUGAGGGAGAGAGAAAAAUUACGACUUGCUUCGCUUACCGAAGAAGUCUCCGAACUCAAAAAUCAGUUGUCGGACACUACAGACUCCCUCAUUCAAGCUAGAAAAGAUGUUGAUUAUCUUGAACGAGCUUUGGAAGCAGUUCACUCUCGAUUAUCUUCGUCUACCUCUGAAGCAAUCACCCAGUCCCCUGGGAAACAUCACAAAGGGACAUCGGCGGAUGCUCAAGUUAUCGCUAGUGAAGCAAUCGCCAGUUUUGUUCGACAAGAGGAAACUAUCACUUCUCUCCGAGCUGAGAUACAAGAAUUGAGAGCGAGAGAAACUGGACAAAGGCCAUUGAUGAAGUCGGAUGGUCAAUAUUCCUCAACAUCAUUGGAGACGCCGGUGAUGAUUAUCACAUCUCCCCCGCCGCCCUCGCCAUUACCUUCUCUGACGGGAUCGUUCCCAUCCACUACAUCUCCAGGAAGAUCUGCUUUCGCACAUCCACCACCACCUCCCGCUCCUCCUAUGCCGUCAACGUUCGGCCAGAUAGGAUCAUCCUCACGAGACUUCCACCCCCCUCCUCCACCGCCUCCGCCCAUGCCAACAAAACUUUCCUCAAUGUCCGAUACUACUCUGAUACCACCACCCCCACCCCCACCUCCACCCAUGCCACCACUGCUGUCUAUGAUGAGCUCGGGUCCUGGCCCCCCUCCUCCGCCGCCACCGCCACCACCUCCCCCACCGUUCACAGCAUCUGGCGCUCCACCAUCCCAUUCAUUUGGCAUACCGCCGCCACCACCACCACCUCCCCCACCUCCGCCUUCGUUACCAUUUUCAUCUUCAUCGCCACCUGGCGCUCCGCCUCCACCUCCGCCUCCGCCUCCUCCUCCUCCUCCACCUCCUGGUCCCGGCUCAGCCCCUCCACCACCUCCACCUCCCCCAGGUAUACCACCAGUCCCUCAAAUUCCUGCCAAAUUCGCAUACAAAACUCCCAAACCGACUGGACCCAAAUUGAAGCCUUUCUUUUGGUCGAAAAUGCCCCAAUACUUGGUGAAAGACACCAUCUUCAAUUCUCUUGGUAAUGCUCCCGAUCUCGAUCUGUCGGAUCUCCAAGAAGUCUUCGCUGUCGAGACUUCAGUACAGAAGGUUAAAGGCGCGACAAAUCAAAAAGCACCCACGUCGAUUAGUCUUCUGGACAUCACAAGGUCUAAUAAUGUUGGUAUAAUGCUUGCUCGACUGAAGCUGUCGCCAACGAGGAUCCGCCGAGCUAUCCUGGAAAUGGACGAUGAGGUUUUGGAAGUGGACGAUUUAGCAAGUAUCAGUAGAAUGUUACCUACUGCCGAAGAAACGGAGAGACUACGGACGUUCGAAGGGGACACGACCAAACUUGCCAAGCCCGAGCUUUUCUUUCGCGAGAUCAUGUCCAUCCCUCGGCUCAAGAGCCGUCUAGAAACCAUGGUAUUCCGUCGUCGGUUCGAGAUUCUCAAUGCGGAGGUUCUUCCCGAUCUUGGGCUGAUGCGCUCUGCCGCUAUAGAGCUCAGGUCGAGUGGGAGGUUUAAAGAGGUAUUGAGAGCUGUUUUGACACUUGGGAACGCCUUGAAUGGUUCUAGCUUUCGAGGGAACGCGGCGGGUUUUCAACUGGAUGCUUUACUGAAGUUGAAAGAGAUGCGGACAUCAAAAGGUGCAGGAUAUCCAACUUUGUUACAUUACCUGUCGAGGGUCCUGUUGCAGUCAGACCCUAAAUUGGUGUUGUUCAAUGAGGAAAUGCCUUCAGUCGAGGCUGCCUCACGAUUAUCUCUGGGUGAUAUCUCCACGGCGAUCACCACCCUCCGCACCUCCCUCGAAUCUGCCAAGAAAGAAGUGAUCACUUCAUCAUCUCUCAAAGAUCUACCACCCGAAGAUGAGUUCCUGAUAAUCAUAAAACCAUUUCUCGCCCUCGCUUCUCCCGAAGUUACUCGGAUAACUCGUCUACAAGCCGAUCUGUCAAACGAACUUAAAUCCCUCGCUUCAUUUUUCGGAGAGAAGGAUGAUGGGGCGGAGACAAUCUUCAGUAUAGUUUCUGCCUUUUCCACUUCCCUUCAAAAAGCAACAACCGAGAUAACUCGACAUUUAGUCAGAGUUACCGACGUUUCCAUCAAUUCGAUAGUUUCCUCUUUAGAGAACCCUCUCAUCAUUCCUGCCACGGCGACCAAUACGGCAAAGAGUGACGUCACGGUGAGACCAGUACCAGAUGGAAUGGCCGGACUGUUCGUUCCACCCACGGAAAACGUUCCGGCCAUUUGGGCGAGUAUCUCAAGAGCAGGACCGAGAGGUACGGUGAGAGGUACGAUGUCUCGAGGAGAAUUUGAUGAGGCGAUACGGAGUAUACAUGGUGGAGUUAGGAGAAGAGAGAGGAGAGAGGUUAGUACUAUGGGGACUGUAGGGAGAGAUGGGAUGAGAUUGAGUAGGAUGUUUUUAGAUGGAGCGGGGAGUGUUAGAGGGAAGGGUGGAUGA